AUGAAAUUUAUUGAAAACAAAAUGAAUAAUCGCCAAAGGACCUUCACCAACCGUCUAAAAUACCUCUUCGACAAGGCCUUUGCCCUCUGCAUCCACUGUGGCGCAAGCAUCGCCAUCCUCGUCUUGUCGAGUGAAGGCGAACCAUAUGCCUUUGCGGAUCAGGACAUCGUGUCGAUCAUCAACCGCUUCAUUCGAACCCAGAACAACCAUGAGCCCUCCAAAACAGACUACCCCACCAGACCCAAUCCCUUCAAAGACGAGUAUCUUCAGCUUCUUAAAGAGCUAAAAAUAGAGGAGAGGCUGAGCUUGGCCUUGGCUCAGAUAAAUUUCGGUCGGUCAGGGUUUGAAGGAGACGCUGAAGUGGAUAGCCUGGGUUUAGAUGACCUGAAAUUGUUGGCCGAGAGGGUUGAGAGGCUUAGGGAGAAUGUGGUGAAGCGAGUCGAAGAGGUUCAGAAACCCGGGGGGAGGUGGGCGCGCCCUCUUCGAGCCUAAUAUUUGUGGAUUCGGAUACCAGUUCCUCUUCUUGAAUUCAUUGAUUCUCUAGA